AUGGUUUACGACAAAAGGUACAGAUGUCAAAAAUAUUGUCGAUGUGAACAUUCGAUAUCCAAAAGGCAAGGAUAUUGUCAUAAGGAUUUUCAUAGUGGAAAUAUCUUACAAGAUGAACAACAUUCUUAUAUUUCAGAUUUUGGAUUAACAGGACCAGCAGAUAAGCAAAAUUCGAAUGACAAAAUAUAUGGA